AUGUCGACAGGAUCCGCCCGUCCACCAACAUCCUCCCCUCGGGCUAAGACCCUUGAUGCGAUCGAGGACGCGCCUCCGCUGGGCAGACUGUCUCCCCACUGGCUUUCCGACCCCUUUGGCGUCGAAGACGAACCUUCACCUGUACAGGACAACUUUGGCGGUGCUGCCGAUUUCGUGGUGCAGGAGGACGCGCCGGGCGAUCCUCCCCAAGACACAAUGGACACCACCGGAGCCCAGCCCACGCGAGAAGAGGCAGUGUUGGAUAAGAAACAAAAUGAGAAUCCCACGGGGCCGAAUGAUGAACAAUUAGGCUACGACGACACGAACGCGUCCUUCGACUUACCUCCCUUACCCGAUCACGAUGAUAGCAGCCUCUUGCCCCCAUCGAGCGAGGAGGGUGAUCAUGAGCGAGCGGACGAUCAAACAAUGAUGGAGGAAAGAGAAAUGCGAAGGAAAUUGAUGGAUAUGGAGUCAAGUUUCUUACCGGAGCCCUCAACGAUUGAGGUUACUGCACCGAACCCCUCCGCGGGGGCUGACGAUACAUACUUGGUCGGGGUCCCUGUUGAAAACGCGCCGGAACUUACCAAGCCGGACAACACAGAAUUGUCGCUCGUGGCACCCGACGGAGAAUUUAGUCGCGACAUGGUCUGGUCGAACGAUGGAAUUUCGAUACCGCAAACCCCUAAUUUAAGACCCGAGGAUGACAACACAGCCGACCUGGAAACUACGCCCGCAGCGUCAUCUGAUCAGCACGGAGAUAAUACCACCAUGCUGGAGAUGGUUCAUUCAUCUCCUGCAGCCGAAGCGGCGGCGAGGACCGUGAACCGAAAUCAAUCCAUCGUCUCUGAGGAUACUCAGGAAAAUAGCCAAACUUCCCUUGACGAGUCAACGGAGAUGUCAUCUGUGCCCAACGCGGACCAAUCACUGCAGCCGCAAGAUGGCAAUCAUAGGGCCACCUCACGAAGCUUGUCACCCCCACAAGCCAAGGCCUCACAAAACGAGAAUGGCAAAGACAUUGAAGCUGCCUCGCGCACCAACAGUCAAAGGGGUGACCGACCGAAGUACCUGACGAGCCGCCACUCAGCCCAUCGUCUUUCGUAUUCUUCGGCAGCAAGCUACAACACAGAUAUGACAGCUAGCGAUGCCACAUUGGGCGCUGACUAUGCUCUUCAAUCGGGAGGUGCUGUGCCGACAAACCCUAGUGGUACUCAGUCAGGGCAACGAAAUAACCUAGCAAGAUCGGUAAGUCUGGGCAGCAUGGCGUCCGGUAUCUCUGGCUAUAGCGAUGAAAACUUCAUGGAGAAGAGAAACCCCAGUGGUACUACAGAGGGCGGGCUGCAUACGCUGGACGAGGAAGGUCCGCAGUCGCGGCCUGGAUCAUCCUACCCUCAGCAGCACCAGCAACAGCCGUACCUCCACGACUACCAGGAACAAUCUUCACAGUCCCCUCAGCCAGCAGUGGAAGAUCAGUCGGGCCCAAUAACACCAAGAGCCAAACACCUUGAUGAUAGCUUUCCUACAGAUACCGCUCUUGCGGAGCGUGUCAAGGAUGUACAAGUCCCGAGCACAUUUGUGCGGCAAUUUCGAGAAGACUACGGUGGCCGUGGACUGUCUCCCGAUAAGCGUGCGGGUGCUACGCCCGCCUUUGCAAAAAGCGGGCGGACAAUGACCCUAAAGGAGCAAAGCAGCACCAUAGAUCGACUCUCAAAGGAGAAUUUCGACCUGAAGAUGCGGAUUCACUUUCUCAACGAGGCGCUAAAUCGACGCUCAGAGGAAGGAAUCAAGGAGAUGAUUUCGGAGAACGUCGAACUAAAAUCUGACAAGUUGAAAUUGCAGAAGGACAACCAGCAGCUGAAGAGGAAGAUGCGCGAUCUAGAGAAGCAACUAAAGGAUCAACAGUCUGACAAGGAAUCCAUGGUCAAUCAUGACCCGGAGGGCUCAGACGAGGAAGAUCGCGACCCGGCGCAAGACGGCGAGAUGCUCUAUCUGCGGGAGAGGGUGGAGACUUACGAGCUGGAGAUCGAGCGGUUGAGGGCUGAAAGCAUCGCUAGGGAGAGCGAGAAGAGAAGACUUGCCGAGAUGGUCAAAUCCUUAAGUGAUGGGCGGCCGAUGGGCUCGGACGUGGGUGCCAGGGAAGAACGGGAUAUGUGGAAGGACAUGCUUGAGGCGGAGACGGCAGCCCGGGAACAAGCCGAAGAUGAGAAUAAGAGACUGCGGGAUGAGGCCCUACGCUUGAGGAGUGAGAUGACCUUGGCAAUGGUCCCUGCAAGAUCAGGGCAACGGGGUCGAGUCAGCUCGACGGCCUCAUAUUCGGCGCCCUCGGAUAGAGACUUCCGCCAUACUGUUACUGGUAGCUCUUCUAGUUCAACCUUGGUGGUGGAGCUAGAAUUGUUAAAACAGGAGAAUGCAGAGUUAAGGAAGGAGGUCAGCGCUCAGACCUCUAUGCUGACAUCCCGCAACAAAGAAAAAGAACGCCUGUACCAGGAAAUCGAGGAGAUGAAACUUGGCCAGCGGCGCGAUGGCGGGCGAUCGGUCACUGGCGAUAGCAUUUUUGAUCGAUCAGCGUCCCGGGCUCAUGGAAGAUCGUCCUCGCGGGCCAGCGACAGGACCGGGCCAUCCCCGGGCGACGACGCCGAGCGAGAGGAUUUGGAGGCGCGAAACGGGCAGCUGCGUGAUCAGCUGUCUGGGCUCAAGAUCGAGAACCAAAACCUACGAUCCGAACUGGACGAGAGCCGCAGAAACCUUCAACACCUUCAACAGCAGUACGGGGAAGAGAUGGAUCAAGUCGAAGAGAUAAUAUCGGCUACGGAGCAGGAGCGUGAUGAAGCCCUCCAGGAACGUGAUGAAGUCCUUCAGGAACGUGAUCAGGUCAUUGAGGAACGCGAUCAACUCGAUGAGAUGUUGAAGGCACGUGAGGUUGAGUUCGAAAACCUCCAAUGUGAAUAUCAGCAGGAGCUAGAGCUUUAUGAUAACGAUUUUCGUCAGAAGGAUGGCGAGUGUCAGCAGCUGGAAGGAGAGCUGCACAAACAAGAUCAAAACCUUGCAACUUUACAAGCCGAGAUGCGUUCAGCGAGUGAAGGCAUCAUACGACUUGAAGAAGACGCGCAAAACAACUUGCAUCGGUACAAAGCAGUCCAACAGGAGCUCGAGCAUUGCAACCAGGAGAUGGAGUCGCUAGAGAAAAGUCUCUACGAAGCAAACACAAAGGUCCAGCGUCUCACGGUCCAAAUCGAAUCCAGCCAGAACGAAAUCGCCUUCCUACGAGAGGAGCAAGACGGCGACAAGAUCAAGAUCGGCGACUUGGAAUCAGACCUCAAGACGUAUGGAAUGAGUCUCCAGAGCGAGAAAGAAAAGACCAGGGAGCUGGAAGAGCGUCUCGCGGAGGAGAGACAUCAGCGUGAGGUCGUCGGAAGCAAGGAGAAACAGGAGGUGCAGCGAAUCGUGAACGAACUCAACCGCGAGGCCUUCGCAGCCAAGGAGGAAGCUCGUCGACUCAAAAAGAGUUUGUCGGCGCAAGAAAUCGAAACCGCCACUUGGAGGGAUCGACUCAUGGACUUGGAGAACAACCUUCGAGAAACCCUGGGUGACCUGACCGGCAGCCGGUCCAGCUUGAUCUCCAGCAUCACGAAAUUACAGAAGGAGUUCGAAUCUACCGCUCUGGAGCUUGAAAGCGUCCGCUCCAAGCUGGACGAGACAGAGUCAUUGUUGCGGAACCGCGAUGCGCUCCUCGAAAGCCAUGCCCUGGAGACCAAGAAACUGUCCGAAAUCCUAGAUCACGAGCGGGUCGCGCGACGAGCGGACAAGCAAUCAUUCGAACAAUCGCUCAAAUCGCAUCAGCAGGCCUCGCGGACCAUCACACAGAGCAACUCUCGCAUCUCGGAGUUGGAGAGUGCCCGGAACCAGGAUCGCAAGCGGUUCACUAACCUGGAGCAACAAUUCAGAGACCAACUCAGCGAGAGGAACGCAAUGCUCCUGGCCAUUUGGAAGCGGCUCUCGGCCAUGUGCGGACCAGACUGGGCGCAUUCGAACAGUUUGAUCAAUGGAAAUCUCCCCAGUCAAGAGGUCAUCGGCAACAUUCUUUUCUGGCCGGGCUUCAGUCGCAAUAUGAUGCUUGCGGUCAAGACCGUGGAGACGGUGAUUUCGAGCUUCAAAAGCCGCAUCAAGGGGGUCGAGCGGGAGCUGGCCAAGCAAUACCAGGUUCUGGAGCAUGCGUGUAGCGUGCGAUUCAAGCGGGUGGAGCGCAUGGAAGAGUCCAUGAUGAAUAUGCGCGCGCAACGGUACAGCCAGAGCCAAACGGGCGUAUCGCCGGAGUUGGCCAAACUGCGGGGCGAGAAUCGACUCCUCAAGGCCGAACUGAAUCUGCGGCAGCCUCACUCACGCAUUCGCGUCCCUACGUCGGCCGCCGCCGUCGCUGCAGGCAUGGCGUCUCCCUCCCCGCGGUCACCUACGCGCAAUCGAGGCGUCGAGUCCGAUGCAGAAGCCCCGUCCUCUUUGGUCCGCCACAACUCGACGGUCGAGAAUCCUUCGCAACCUCACGCGUCGCGGGGUCUUGCACGGAGCUCCACCUCUGGUAUUCCUCAGCCAUCUCAUGUGUCCUCGACGACGACUCUAGCGGAGGGUGCCGGGGCCAUGGUUCACGGUUCCCGACCCCGGCCUACGCAAAACGACCCAGGGAACGAGAAGUGGAUGCGUCGUUUGCACGAACUCGAGAAGAGACUGAAGGCUGAACGGGAGGCACGCCUGGCAGAUCGGAGCGGGGCGCGACAGCGACUCGAAGAGCGCGAUGCGGAAAAUGAGAGGCUCCGGGCCCAGUUGGAAAGACAAUUCGCGCAGAAAGCCAUUGCGGCCGGGCCGUCGGCCGAUGAUACUCGAGGACACAAACUUGGGAGGAUGCAAGCAUCCGACGAAAACUACAUUGGUCACCGAGACGAUGAACCGAGCUCGAGCGAAUGCGAGGGCAUCUAUGUCGAUAUUGAGGUCUAA